AAAAUCUACUACGCGCUCUACGACGCCGACGUCAUAAACGAAUCCGCCUUCGCGAUCUGGAAGGCGCGGGAAAGCGCCGUCCUUCUCACUGACACCGACCCCGACGCGGAGCCGACGCCGAACAAGCUCAAGGCCCUGGUCCAGGCCAACGAGUUUCUCACCUGGCUCGACUCGGCCACCCAGGAGUCGGGGCCGAGCGACGACGACUGA